CUGCUUUUAGUUGUGUGUAGCCAACCGGAUAAACAGACAUGAAGGCCCUGAUUAUUUUGGCUUUGGUCGGAGCAGCAUUCGCUGCCUUGGUGGAGGAGAGCGAUGAGAAGAUUGUUGGAGGGUUUGAGUGUCCUUCCCACUCCGUGCCCUACCAGGUGUCCCUGAACAUUGGCUACCAUUUCUGUGGCGGCUCCCUGAUCUCCAGCCUGUGGGUGGUGUCCGCUUCACACUGCUACAAGACUUCCAUUCAGGUUCGUCUGGGCGAGCACAACAUCGAGCAGAAUGAGGGUACUGAGCAGUGGAUCAACUCUGCCAAGAUAAUCAGACACCCCAACUACAACAGCUACAACCUGGACAAUGACAUCAUGCUGAUCAAGCUGAGCAAGCCUGCUACUCUCAACAGCUAUGUCCAGACUGUGGCCCUGCCCACACGCUGUCCCCAAGCAGACGAAAUGUGUUUGGUGUCAGGCUGGGGCAACACCAUUACCAAUGGAAACAACUACCCUGCUAGGCUGCAGUGCCUGUGGCAGCCCAUUAUCGAUCGCAGAAUCUGUCAGAAUGCCUACCCCCAGCUGUUCACCGAGAACAUGGAAUGUUCUGGAUUCAUGCAAGGAGGAGCCAGCAGCUGCCAGGGAGAUUCCGGUGGCCCACUGGUAUGUAACGGUCAGCUACAGGGUGUUGUAUCCUGGGGUUACAACUGUGCCCAAGUUGGACAUCCCAGCGUCUAUGCCCGUGUCUGCCGAUACAAUAGCUGGAUCAGCGGUGUCAUGAGCAGCAACUAAAUCCUCACACACUCACUUACUCACCAAAGGUGCUGUACAGAUCACAUAGUCGUUCAAGGUAACAACAACAACAAUAAUUUCUCUCUUUGAGUAAAAAGUGGACCAGUUUGGAUACUGUGUACCACUGCACAGACUGUCAGUAAUAUGCAGUUUGCAACAAACACUUAACAUAAUUGGUACUAUACCCCACCUAUAGAGUAACCUAUGCAAAGAGUCGUAUUGGCUACAGUACAUCAAUAAAAUACAAUACAUAUCUAUUGUUUUUAUCCUUUGUUGUCCAUAUGUCUCAAACUGGUAAUCACCAUGUGUGCAUCUUGUUGUUGUUUGUGAAAAUAAAAACAAAACACUUUU